AUCAGCAUUUCUAUUCACUCCACACCAAGCAUUAUUCAACUUCUAACUAUACCAUUUUUUAAACCCAACUUAUUUUGUUUAAUAUUUUCAAUGCAGCUCAAACUAUCUGGUGUCUUGACGUUGGCGGCAGCUUGCGCUUUGGCGAAAGAUUUUGAUUUCAAGUCACCAGAGGCUAUCAACUGUGCAAAGAAUAACUGGGGCGAUAUCAAAAGUAAGGUUGAUCCAUUAAUUUCAAAAGCAAGGGAUUACUUAUCAGAAAAUAGUCUCAGCAAGAUCAUGGAGCUGUUCGACGAAGGCGCGACCGAGUUGCCAAACACCGCGCCCAAAGACAACGAGUGGUACAAGAGGGCCGCCGAUAUAUUGCCUGCUCCUCUGGUUAAGCAAAUUGGCAGCGACAUUAUUAGAAAGUGCAACUUGUAAUACUCUAUAAAAAUAAAAUCAAUAUUUAUGACUAUCAAAGUAUCAACUUUGCAAAUAUAAGG